AUGGCUUCGCCGUCCGACUUGCCCCAGAUGUGGGAAAAACCCACCUACGGCUCCCUUGUCGAUGCCCUCGCUGGCCUGGAGCUCGCACCGCCGGUAUGGAGCCAUGAUCGUCGCCGCGACGAGAUCAUCGCCGAGCAGGAGUCGCUCGCCACUCAACUCAAGGCCGAAGCCUCGCGGUACCUAUCUUCCAUCAUCAAGAGCCCCCUGGACUGGCUCGCCGACGACGACGAGCGAGAGCACGUCUGGGAGCUGGCCAGCCGGCGCAUGUCGGAGCGCUGUGGCCGCUCAGCGAUGGGAGACAUCACUCGCCGCUGGCCGUUCUCCCCUCGGAGUGACGCCGACGCACUCGGCAGCGAGGCCUCGUCUUCAAACCCGACCGCCCUGAUGGCCUCGUACGAACCCUUUGAGCUCAUCAUCCGCGAGCCUGCGCUCACUGGAGACUCCCUCGGGUUCAAGACGUGGGGCUCCUCGUACGUCCUCGCGCAGCACCUGCCUCGUCUCGGUGCCACGUCCCUCUUCAAGUUCUUCGACGAGUCUCUCGGCCACUCACCGCCGUCGGUUGUGGAACUCGGUUCUGGGACAGGCCUGCUUGGCCUCGCUGCCGCCGCAUUGUGGAAGGUUCCCGUCGCGUUGAGUGACCUGCCAAACAUUGUGCCAAACUUGAAGCACAAUGCGGAAGCCAACUCGGCAUUGGUGGAAGCCAGGGGAGGUUCUUUGACGGUCGGCCCGCUGACGUGGGGAGGCGACGAAGAUGAGAUCGAUCAGGAGCUUUUCGGAACUCCCUUUCAGUUCAAGAUCGUCCUUGCCGCUGAUCCCCUGUACGACGAUGAGCACCCCGCGCUGCUUGCGUCCGCCAUCGGACAGCACCUCGCGUUGGGCCCAGAGUCCCGCGCCGUCGUCAUGGUGCCGCAGCGGGACGCCACGACUGUGCGCCUGCUUGCCGCCUUCAAGCAGGCCAUGCUUGACCUUGAAGCGCCGCUGGCCUGCGACGAGGAGGAUUUCCUGGCGGGUGAGGACGACUGGGAGGGUGCUGAGGAGGGCGGCGGUGUCCAGCCCCGAGAGGAGCGUCGUUCCCAGCAGUCCAAGUCGGCUACUGUUUUCGCGUCCGCGUCCGCACUGGCCGAGUCCCAGACGGGAGCGACCAUGGUUGGAUCCGCUACGUACACGGAUGCCGAGAUUGCUUGGAUCCUGGACCAGGCCCUCGCGGGAACAAAAUCUGCCGAUAUCCAGAAUGGCUUCCGACGGUUUGGCCGGGGCCUCAGCGCGAGCCAGCUUCGCUACGUCAAAGGCAAAUAUGGCCGUGACCCGAGAUUCAAGUAA